AGUCGACUCAUAGAUAUACGGUUCCACAUGUAGUAUUUCUGGUUAGGCUGCUGUAAAGUUUAGUUAUACUUCCUCCCUGUGAUCUGCCUGCAAACUGUUGGACAAAGGGGACUAUAGACCGUGGAAUGUAGUACUUGGUUUCUUCUCGGUUCUCGGUCGUCGUCAUCACAGUUAGUGGGAAGUGACAGCUGAAUAGCAGACAGACCGCAGAAGGGGAUUUCCACAGACUCGCCUUUGAGGUAUUUCUGGAGGGUGUUAUCGACAUUUAUGCAAUAAAGGAGGACAACUUUUAUUCUCCCAUUUAAACCUUUCUCUCAGACAAGAGUUAUUUCUUGUUCUGGUUAAUCUCUGCUGCCAUGGAGACGUAAACAACCCCAGGAGGGGUGUUCCAAUCAGGGGGAGAGGGUUGACCAGCCAUACCCAGGGCUGUGUGUGUGUGUGUGUGUGUUCUGUUCAUAUUCACCAAGCGGACAGAGUAGUGUGGCCUAGUCUGGUUGUUACAGGCAGGCAGACAGACACUUCUCUGUGGCUCAGACAUGACUGACUACUUGCUUUUUAUAAAAUCAUCUGCUAAAUGGCAUAUCAUAUAUUAUUAUAAGGUGUUCUGGCAUAUUGUGGUAUUAUUAUGACAGAAGGUGUUCUGUCAUAUUGUGAUAUAUUAUUAUUAUGACAGAAGGUGUUCUGGCAUAUUGUGAUAUAUUAUUAUUAUAACAGAAGGUGUUCUGUCAUAUUGUGAUAUAUUAUUAUUAUUAUGACAGAAGGUGUUCUGGCAUAUUGUGAUAUAUUAUUAUUAUUAUGACAGAAGGUGUUCUGGCAUAUUGUGAUAUAUUAUUAUUAUUAUAACAGAAGGUGUUCUGGCAUAUUGUGAUAUAUUAUUAUUAUAACAGAAGGUGUUCUGGCAUAUUGUGAUAUAUUAUUAUUAUGACAGAAGGUGUUCUGGCAUAUUGUGAUAUAUUAUUAUUAUGACAGAAGGUGUUCUGUCAUAUUGUGAUAUAUUAUGACAGAAGGUGUUCUGGCAUAUUGUGAUAUAUUAUUAUUAUUAUGACAGAAGGUGUUCUGGCAUAUUGUGAUAUAUUAUGACAGAAGGUGUUCUGGCAUAUUGUGAUAUAUUAUGACAGAAGGUGUUCUGGCAUAUUGUGAUAUAUUAUGACAGAAGGUUGGCAGUUUCUCUUCUUUAGGUUGUUAGUCAGAUCAGUUCUGAAACCUUCGGUUUCAUUUCCAGGCUGAUGUGUGAGAUGACGGGAAACGCAUACUGUUUCCAUCAAUCACUUGUGUGUGUGUGUGUGUGUGUGUGUGUGUGUUCCCCCUGGGUUACUCAUCCCUCUCUCCCUGAGGAGAAUGGCCCUUUCUUUUCUCUAAUUCUACAAACUCUUCAUCAAAAAACUCCAUCUAGAAGCUAAAUCUAGACUCUAAUAUCUGUAUAUCUAGAUUCUAGGCUGUCUAUCUAGACUGUCUACCCUCUUUGUAAAUGGACACCCUGGUCCAUCUCCAGAACAGCCCGUUCCUCAUUGGUUUGUGUCGAAACGGAGCCCCAGUUGACCUGCAGUAUGACAACUCCUCAGAACUGUUCCGUAUCUCGACCUUUGCCCUCUUCCCGGCUGCAGCGGUAACAGAGCGCACCCUGGCCAGGGCAGGAUGGGUCUAUACUGGCGUUGGAGACCGGGUGCAGUGUUUCAGGUGUAAGGUGACGGCGGAGGGCUGGCAGACAGGUGACUGUCCUACUGAGAGACACAGACAGCUGUCCCCUUCUUGCGCCUUCAUCCAGAGUCUACCCUCUACUGCCAACCUCCUCUCGUCUUCUCACAGCGCCUUCUCUCCGCUAUGCAGCGCACACGUCAUACCGGUGUCAGGACCUGGCCCAGCCCCCGUCUCCGCCCCUAACCCGGUGUCCGGUGAAGAGCCCGGUGUCCCGCCCCCCUCCAGCCCACUGAGCUCCCGAGAAGUAGAGGACAUGUCCCACCAGAGACCCCCUUCCUGUCACAACCCCAGUAUGAGGAGAGAGCAGGACCGUCUGGACUCCUUCCACUCCUGGACCCUGUCCAUCAUCACCCCCUCUGAGCUGGCUACGGCUGGCUUCUAUUACCUGGGGCAGGGAGACCGCGUGGCCUGCUUCACCUGUGGAGGACAGCUCAGUAACUGGGAACCAGGGGACCGGGCCGUGUCGGAGCACCAGAGACAUUACCCCAACUGUCGCUUCGUCAGAGGAGACCGGGCCGACAACGUGUCCAUGGCGGGCGGGGCGGGAGGUGUAGGAGUGGCCCCCGGGGCAGUAGCCCCUGUCUCUAGCCCCCCAGGCCUCAGUAACGUGUCUAACCCAGCCAUGCAGCAGCGUGAGGAGAGGUUGCUGACCUUUGUCCACUGGCCCUUACGUAUCCCUGUUCGCCCCGACCAGCUGGCCAAGGCAGGGUUCUACUACGUCGGGCGUAAUGAUGACGUGAAGUGUUUCUGCUGUGACGGGGGUCUGAGGUGCUGGGAGUCAGGUGACGACCCCUGGGUGGAGCACGCCAAAUGGUUCCCUAGGUGUGUGUACCUGCUCCAGGAGAAAGGUCAGGAGUUUGUCCAUCAGAUCCAGGCUCGUUUCCCUCGGCUCUUUGAACAGCUCCUGACCAAUGGGGACAGCAUCUCCAGGGAGUUUGUGGACCCACCAAUGGUCAACCUGGGUCCAGGUGAGGAGCGGUCGGAAGAUGCAGUGAUGAUGAACACUGCGGUGGUUGUGUCGGCUCUAGAGAUGGGAUUUGAGCGUGGCCUGGUCAAGCAGACGGUCCAGAGUAAGAUCCUGACCAGCGGAGAGAACUACAAGACGGUACAGGAACUGGUCUCAGACCUGCUGUCUGCCGAGGACCAAAAGAGAGAGGAGGAGAAAGAGAUGCUGGCCGAGGAGAUGGCUUCUGAUGGUAAUUCGUUCUUGAAGAGACACCAGGCAGCGUUGGUCCAGCGUCUGAAGAGCGUUGAGUCUGUCCUGGAGCACCUCCGAGAGCAGAACGUGAUCAGUGGAGAGGAAUACAGUGGUCUCCAGGACCAGUCCUCCCAGCAGCAGACAGCCAGACUGAUAGACUUGGUGCUGACUAAAGGAAACGCAGCAGCUGAGGUCUUCAGGAACUGGAUCCAGAAGAACGAUGUCUACCUGCUCAGAGACCUCAUGGCCCAAGCAAAUGAAGCCUCAUCACCAAGUCAAGAUCUCUCAGAUCUGCCGAUGGAGGAGCAGCUACGGCGGCUGCAGGAGGAGCGGACCUGUAAGGUGUGUAUGGACAAGGAGGUGAACAUGGUGUUUAUCCCGUGUGGUCACCUGGUGGUCUGUAAGGAGUGCGCUCCCUCCCUGAGGAAAUGUCCCAUCUGCAGAGGACUGGUCAAGGGCACCGUCCGAACCUUCCUCUCCUAGAAGACCGAAGAGGAACCAGGCAUGAUGAUAGGCUCUGGUAGAUCUGUACCAUGUGUGAAAUAAAAUAAAUAACUCAAAUAAAGUAUUGUGCUUUUCA